AUGACUCGAUCUCUGUUUGAUACUCCAUUUGAUGAGCUACCCAACCCCAAACAAGUUUGGAUGGGAAAGCCUGGCAGCUAUGAAGAAGGCCUAGGAAAAUUAGCUAUCCUUACCCCCGACGUCGUUGCAAAGGCCGCUGCUAGUGAGAUCAAAUGCGGUCGCCGAGUGACGAUGAAUUGGGAAAUGACCAAGCUGGACUACCCUAAUCUCAACCGGCAACCCUGCAAUCACCAGAUUGUGCCUUUAUUGGGAGGAGUGGCAUUUGAUGAUGUUUACAGUUUCAAUCCCCAGCAAAGCAGUCAGUGGGAUGGAUUGAGGCAUUUCAGCCAGACUGUACCUGGUCAAACCGACCGCGUCUUCUACGGAGGUACCACUGUCGAGGAGAUAAAUGACCGUGAGAACGAUCGAAUUGGUAUUCAGCAUUGGGCAAAGGAGGGAAUUGCCGGCCGUGGAGUCCUGAUCGACUAUUCGACAUGGGCCGAAAGGAAGGGAAUCAAGUAUAGCACGUUCUCAACACAUCAGGUCCGCCUCCAGGAUAUUCUCCAAAUCGCCAAGGAGAACAACAUCACUUUCCAGAAGGGUGAUAUCCUCUUCGUCCGAAUCGGAGUUACGAAGGAAUGGGACACUAUCAUGACGGACGCUGAAAAGAGAAAAUAUUCUGACAAUCCCCAACCCGAGCACGCAGGAGUCGAGGCUACUAAGGAUGUGCUCCGAUGGCUUUGGAAUAGUGGCUUUGCGGCAAUUGCCAGUGAUGCGAUCAGCUGGGAGGUCUAUCCACCUCAAUCCACCGACGUAUUUUUGCACGAGUAUGUCCUUGCUGGCUGGGGUUGCCCGAUCGGGGAACUCUUUGAUCUAGAAGCUCUAGCCCAAACCUGCCAGGAGCUUGGGCGUUGGACCUUCUUCGUAACUUCAGUGCCGUUGAAUAUGCCUGGAGGUGUUUCUUCUCCUCCCAAUUGCUUGGCGAUCUUCUAA